GCAUCCCAAAAUGGCCAAACUUAGUUUAUUCCUACAAACAAUUUAUGUAUUUAUAUUUCUUCUUGCACAUCCGAACAGGGGUGUUCGACUAUACCCUGUUGUUCAAGAGGGUAAUAAUUCACUUCAACAAGAUUUGGUAUAUGGUUUAGCCAAACAAAAGUUGCCAAGCCUGAAGUCAAAUUCCCUCGAGGCAAAAUUUUCUGGAGAAGGAAAUAAUUCAUCUGGUGUACUAUAUUAUGCAACACACGACUCAUCGGGAGGCCCUGAUGCUAGCUACUAUGGAUUGCAUGCCACCACUGAUGUGUAUGGACAUGCGCUUAAACGUGGUCAAUUAAGUCGCAGUGGAAUUUGGGUUGGCCACAGUGGAGAUGGUCGAAAAUCAAGCUUUAAUGCAAUUAGUGUUGGAUGGCAUAUUGCUCCAGAAAAAUAUGGUGACUCUCAUCCUCAUUUAUUUACCUACUGGACGAGGGAUGGAUAUCAGAGUACUGGGUGCUACAACAUGGAUUGUCCAGGUUUCAUAGCAGCGAGCAGCGCUACUGUUACUCCAGGAACUCGCAUAAACCCAUCUUCAAAGGUCACGCUUCGAGUGUUGAAGGAUGACCAAAGUGGGCACUGGUGGGUGUACUAUGGCUUCAACGGCGUCCCAACGGCUGUGGGCUACUACCCAAAGUCAUUGUUCACAUACAUGGCAAAAAAGGCAAACCAGUUCUCGUUUGGUGGCUUCGUGUUCGCAGAAAGGGCGCUUCCAACUCCUCCAUUGGGCAGUGGCGUCCUUCCUGGUGGCAAGGGACGUGCGGCAUCGUUUACUGACUUGCGCCUCAUUGAACGGGAUGGAAGGAGCAGCCCCAUCAUGAAGGACUUGCCUAGUGUUAUAUCCAACAAUAAAUGUUAUUCUAUCACUCCUAUUGUUAAUUCCGGGUGCUUCUUUGGCGGGCCAGGAGGUUGCGUGUAAUACUAAGGUGUACUUUGAACGUGGUGGUGUAAUAAUGUUUCCCUUGAGUUUGUCUUCCCAAACUCAUACUGGCCUAAUAAGACACUAUGUGUUACUGUAUUAUGCACA